AUGAUAAUAUGGCUAAAAAGAAAUUAUCAGUCUUCUAUCGAUUCAAAAAUUAAAAUUCCUUCAUUCAUCGGUUCACUAUUCAAUUGGCGUCCCGAUGCAGUAACGAUUCCUGACAAACAAAAAUAUCAAAAACACAUUGAUUUUAUUGAAGUCACGGAUCUUUAUAAAGAGAUGAUUAAUCACACAAUUAAAGCUAUCAUAAAAUUUGUGAUUUUAGAUCUUAUAGGCGAAUAUUUAAGGAAUAACAAAUCAGAAAUUCCAGAAAGAUCAUAUGGAUUACGAGUUUUAGAUUAUCUUAGGACUGGGCAUCCGUUUACUGAUAUAUAUACCUUCUUUCAUUGCAUUCUUUUAAUAUUUAACUUAAUUAUAUCAAUUUCACUAGUAUGGAACAUCGAUUGUAUAAUCUAUGGAAUGCUUUUAAAACCUUUAUUAUCUAACAGCGUUAAAGAAAAAAGCAAACUAGAAGAAUCAAAAUCUUUUAAAACAAAACUCAAAGAAUGGUUAAUUAUCUCAAUAUUCUAUACAAAGCCAAUAAUGGGUCUACCAUAUUUUUCAACAGGGCCUCGAGAUCUAUGGUCCAAACAAUGGCAUCAAGUCCUUAACCAAGCUUUUAAAGAACUUGGCUACCUUCCAGUUCGAAAUUAUUUUAAACACAAUAAAACUCUUGGACGAGUGCUUGAUUAUGUAGCAUUUUUCUUACUUCAUGGAAUACUUUUUAUUUUAUUGGAGACUGUUGAAAACAAUAUUGUGAGAAGAGAAAAGGAUACUAAAGAUAAUUUUGGAAUCAAG